AUGAGGCGACGAUAUCUUGAUGCAAUGGCAUUGGUACAAAAAUAUGGAAAGCCGGAUAUUUUCCUGACCAUGACAUGUAAUCCAAUGUGGAAAGAGAUUCAAGAUAAUCUGCAAUUUAAAGAAAAACCUCAGGAUAGGCCAGAUCUUUUGUCUAGAGUGUUUAGAGCAAAAUUUGAAAUGCUUAAGGCUGAACUUUUAGACAAGAAAAUUUUUGGAGAAGUCGCUGCAUGCUUCCCUCAUUUGUAUUCUCUUGUUCUUAAGCACAUGGUUCAUGGACCUUACGGACACAUGGGUAAGAAUAGCCCUUGUAUGAAAGAUGGUAGCUGUAAAAAUCAUUAUCCAAAAAACUUCUGUGAACAUACAACUCAUGCCGAAGACAGCUAUCCAUACUAUAGGCGGCGGAACGAUGGCAGUAAAAUAACUGUUCGCAGGUUUGAGCUUGACAAUAGAUGGAUCAUUCCUUAUAACCCAUAUCUUUUAGCCUUGUUUGAUUGCCACAUGAAUGUGGAAAUCUGUUCCACUUUGAAGCUGGUUAAGUAUUUGUUCAAGUACAUCUUCAAAGGACACGAUCUUAUCAGCUUCAAAAUUAUAUCUGACGAUUCCCGUGCCAAUGUCGAUGAGAUUAGAGAAUUCCAGCAGGGAAGAUGGAUUUCGCCCCCCGAGGCUUUUUGGCGCAUCUUUGAAUUUAGGCUAAACGAGAUGACUCCAGCUGUCUAUACUCUACAGGUUCAUCUACCUGGCCAGCAGCUCAUCACUUUCAACAAAAACUCGGACCUUUUGCCGCUGAUGAGGAAAAUUGACUUCUCAAAAACCAUGUUGAUCGAGUUCUUCAAAAUGAACAAAACAAAUGAAAGGGCUGAAACCUUGAAGUGCUUUUAUAGAGAAUUUCCAGAGCAUUUUGUUUGGUCUUUUAAAUAUAAAGCUUGGACUGAGAGAAAGCGUAAGAAAGCCAUUGGAAGGCUAGUGGCAAUCAGCCCUCAUGAAGGUGAGAGAUACUACCUUAGACUACUGCUUACUCAUGUUCGAGCACCUACGUCAUUUGAUGACCUCUUAACUAUUAGUGGCCAAAAAAUGGAUUGCUUUAGAGAUGCUGCUUUGGCCCUUGGGCUUUUACAGUCCGAUACAUAUCUACAAGAGACUCUUGAAGAAGCAGCUCUUUUUCAAAUGCCAUCCUCUUUGAGACUCUUAUUUGCUACUAUUCUUGUUCAUUGUUCUCCGACAGAUCCUCGAUUUCUUUGGAACAAAUUUCAGCUAGAACUCUCUGUAGAUUACCACCGAUCUCACCACCUCUGUUUUUAUACGGCUGAAGAAAUUAGAAAUAAGGCCCUGCAGGAAAUUAAAAAAAUGGUCGAACAAAUGGGUAAGAGUUUUCCUGACUACCAUCUAACUACAGACAUUCCACCAGCUGUUCACUAUGAUAAGCUAACAAAGGAGAUUGAAUGUGAGAGAAAUAUUGAAGUUCUAGCAGAGGAUCUAAUAAUGUCUUCGAGGUUAAAUAUUGAACAACGGCACGCCUAUGAUUUAAUUCUGCAAUCAGUUUUCUCUCCCAUUGGCCAGAAUUUUUUUGUUGAUGGCCCUGGGGGAACUGGUAAGACUUUCUUAUAUCGGUCCCUUCUAGCUACUUUGAGAUCCCAAGGCCACAUUGCUAUUGCAGUUGCAACGUCGGGUGUCGCAGCGUCUAUUCUUCCAGGAGGAAGAACAGCUCACUCUAGAUUCAAGAUGCCACUAGAUUUUUUUAGAAAUAAAACCUGCCAGAUUAGUAAACAGGGCAGUGUUGCAAGAUUGCUUUUUCAAUCAAGGUUAAUCUUGUGGGACGAGGCUUCAAUGGCAAAACGAGAAAUUGUUGAAGCCUUUGAUGGUUUACUUAGGGAUAUAAUGGACUGUGACCUUCCAUUUGGAGGAAAAGUAGUUGUUUUCGGUGGUGACUUCCGUCAAACUUUGCCGGUUAUCAAACAGGCAACAAAACAGACUCUUAUCGAAUCCAGUCUUCCUAACUCUCCUUUGUGGCUUAAGCUCCAGAAGCUGCAUUUGACACAGAAUAUGCGAGCCAUCUUAGAUCCAGCGUUCUCAGAAUUCUUAUUAAGAAUAGGAGAAGGAAGAGAGCCUGUUGACAUAGAUGGCGAAAUAACCUUAUCUUCUGAGAUGGUCAUUCCUUAUACUGACAAAGAGAAAUCUUUGAACAGGUUGCUGGAAUUUGUUUUUCCAGAUUUAACAGCCUAUUUAAAAGAUCCUUAUAGUAUGAUCAAUAGAUGUGUCCUUGCUCCAAAAAAUACCUCAGUUGAUGAAAUAAAUGACAUGCUAAUCAGAAGAUUUCCUGGGAAUCUUCAUGUGUAUGUCAGUUCUGAUAGAACUGUUGAUCCACGCCAUCAAGGAGACUAUGAAGAUUUCUUGAAUUCUCAAAAUCCAAAAGGCCUUCCUCCUCACAAACUGGUGCUCAAAGAAAAUUGUCCAAUCAUGCUUAUGAGAAACCUCAACCCUACUGAAGGAUUAUGCAAUGGUACACGACUCAUUUGCAGAGAGCUAAGACAGAAUACUAUCUGUGCAGAGAUAGCUUUUGGCCAACAUCAAGGGAAAAGAAUCUUUUUCCCUAAAAUUCCUAUGCAAGUAUCUGAUAAUGACAAGAAUGGCCUGCCGUUUAUAAGGACACAAUUUCCUGUUCGUGUCUGUUUUGCCUUGACAAUAAACAAAUCCCAAGGCCAAACACUAGAUUAUGUUGGAAUCUACCUCCGUGAGCCAGUUUUUUCUCACGGGCAACUAUAUGUUGCUUUAUCUAGAGUUAAAACUUCUGCAGCAGUCAAAAUCCUUAUCCUGCCUGGAACUUUUGAUGGCAUAAAAACUGAUUGCAAGACUAGAAAUGUUGUCUUUGAAGAAAUACUUCACCUCACUGCAUGA